CUUUCUUUCUUGUCUGGCUAAACAGCUUCCUCAUCCUCAUACUUCCAUGCUUGCUUAACCAGCACUCCACGCUACUCAACUCAUUCGACACAAUCAUCCUCCUAAGAUGGUCGCUGCCGUCCGCAUCGCCCCCUCGGCCUCCACGCGCGCCCUCAACCUCCUGCGCACAGUCCAGUACACGCAUCCGCCCUCCUGUCCAUGCCAUUCCAACCCCAAUCACCAUCACCACCAUCGCACACCUACUCUCAGCGAACAUGUUCGUCGUCACAUGGCCACCCCGACAGACCCUUCGCGCCAGAAGGAAUAUGCCUUCGAGAUGGCCGCCUCGAGCAUCCGCUUCGGGCCGGGAGCCACCAAAGAGGUCGGCAUGGACUUUGCCAACAUGAAGGCCAAGCGGGUGUGCAUUGUGACAGAUGGGAAUGUCGCCAAGUUGGAUGCUAUGAAACAAGCUGUCGAGGGUUUGUCGCGGGAGGGCAUUGAGUUCACUGUCUUUGAUAAAGUGCGCGUGGAGCCCAAGGAUAGCUCAGUCAAGGAAGCGAUCGCAUUCGCCAAGCCUUAUAAUCCAGAUGCCUUUCUUGCCGUUGGCGGCGGUUCCGUCAUCGACACCGCCAAACUGAUGAAUCUAUACACCGUCUACCCCGAAGCCGACUUUCUCGACUUCGUCAACGCCCCACUGGGCAAAGGCCUGCCUGUCACCAAGGCCCUCCGCCCAUUGAUUGCCGUCCCAACGACCGCGGGUACGGGGUCUGAAACCACGGGCACCGCCAUCUUCGAUCUGGUCUCGAAGAAAGCCAAGACGGGGAUUGCGCACCGCAACCUCAAGCCCACUCUGGGGAUUUGCGACCCGCUCAACACACGGACCAUGCCGUCGGCUGUCCACGCUUCUUCCGGUCUGGAUGUGCUGUGCCACUCGCUCGAGUCAUGGACGGCCAUCCCGUACAAUGAGCGCACUCCUCGUCCCACCAACCCGAUUCAUCGCCCGGCGUACCAGGGCGCCAACCCGAUCUCCGACAUUUUCUCGCUGCAGGCCCUCCGCAGCACGGUCAAGUACCUGCCCCGGGCGGUUAAAGACCCGGAAGACUUUGAAGCGCAGUCCCAGAUGCUGUUGGCCGCGACGCUAGCGGGCGUGGGAUUCGGCAACGCGGGCGUGCAUCUAUGCCACGGGAUGAGCUAUCCGAUCUCGAGCCAGAACCCGGGCUACAAGCACGCGGGCUACGAUGUCGACCACCCGAUCAUCCCGCACGGGGUGUCGGUGGCGGUGACGGCGCCGGCGGUGUUCCGAUUCACAGCGGCGUCGAACCCGGACCGACACCUGGCGGCGGCGGAGGCGUUCGGCGUGGACAUCUCGAAUGUGAAGCGGGAGAGCGCGGGCGAGGUGCUGGGGGAAGCGCUGGCGGACUUUCUGGUGAAGCUGGGCGACCAGCCGCGGGGGUUGAAGGAUCUGGGGUUCCAGCGGGGGGAUAUCGAGUCGUUGGUGGAGGGGACCCUGCCGCAGAAGCGCGUGUUGGACCUGGCGCCGAACUUGAAUAGUGAGUUGGAGGGGGAGAAGGCUGAAUUGCGGGCGUUGUUAGAGGAGUCGAUGGAGUAUUAGUUAGCUGCAUAGUUUAUUUGAAGCAAUGACUAGU